AUGUCUUAUGAAGCUCUUGAUAACCUGAAACAAACCUUAGAUCUGAUCCUAGAAUACCGUGACGAUCUCCUCACUCAUUCUGUAAAGCAAGAAAUUUUAUCCAUCCGCAUCCAAGCUGCUGUCUUGCAGUUGAAUCUCAAACUUUAUCCUAACAAAGAAAAAAUCAGAGAGGCAGCGAAUACAGCAUAUGAGAUUAUCGAAUAUUUCUUUUUUGGAGAAUAUCUUUCAGAUUGCGGAUCGACAGAGCCGACGAUCAUACUUGCAAACAAGCUGCGGGAAGUAGCACAGAGACUGGAGUCAACCGUUGGAGAUGUGGUGGAUUACAUCAAGGGUAAGGGCGUAACUGAUUCUCCUGCUGUUAGUUCAUCAUCAAGAUCAGCAAUCACAAGCAGCAAAGAUGACUUUGUUGUUGGUGUUGAUAAAGAUGUGAAAGUGAUCAAGGAUCGGCUUUUGGUGGAAUCAUCCAGAGAUUCCAGACUACGGGUUCUCCCAAUUGUUGGAAGGGGAGGCAUUGGUAAGACCACACUUGCUAAAAUUGUUUAUAAUGAUGCAUUGGUUAGGCAAGAAUUUAGUAUUUGUGGUUGGGUCACAAUAUCACAAGAUUAUAAUAUAGGAACUAUUGCUUUACAUCUCCUAGCUUCCAUUAAAGGGAUGUCAGCUGAUAGGAAUAUUCCUAUCGAUUCCUUAAUUCGCGAAUACCUCCACAACAACAAAUAUCUGAUUAUAGUAGACGACAUUUGCAGUAAGAAGGCUUGGGAUGAGGUAAAGAUGUUAUUUCCUGAAAAUGACAAUGGAAGUCGGAUCAUAGUAACAACAAGGCUACAAGAUGUGGCGGCUUAUGUUCGCUAUUCUACCUCCAUUCACAUGAUGCGUUUGUUGGAUGCGCAUGAUAGUUGGAGUCUGCUAAAGCAGAAGGUAUUUGGAGAUGAAGACUUCCCCAUUGAAUUGGAAGACAUUGGGACCAAAAUUGCUAAAGGUUGUGGAGGGCUACCCCUUGCAAUUUUGCUGGUGGCAGGAAUUCUAUCUAAGAUUCUUAAAACUCGAAACUUGUGGAAGAAAAUUGCGGCAAAUGACACGCAGCUUGAGACAAUUAUUUGUUUGAGUUAUAACCACUUACCUAAUCACUUGAAGCCGUGUUUUUUAUAUAUUGCUGGCUUUCCAGAAGAUCAGGAGAUUCGUGUUACUGAACUUGUUAAUCUUUGGAUAUCUGAAGGUUUUGUAACAAGUUCAAGUGGAUCUAAAAGCUUGGAAGAGGAGGCAGAAGAUUAUUUGGAGGAUCUUGUCGAGAGAAGUCUAGUUUUGAUCACCAAUAGGAAGUUUGAUGGGAAAAUAAAAAGUUGCAGCGUUCAUGAUAUCGUCCGGGAAUUUUGUGUAAGGCAGGCUGCAAAAGAGAAGGUAAUUCUUUCUAUUAUUGAUUACUUACCUACUCCUAUCCUGAGAAAGCAUUUUGUUCCACAUCUCAUAAAAGAUCAUCACAGCAUAAGUGCUAGUUCGUAUGAUCUACAUCUCAAGGACUAUAUGCAUAGCUCACAUGUCCGUACCAUAAUAUGUAUUCCGGAGAAAGGGUAUAGAUCUGAGGGUGUUGUAGAGAAAUUUAGUGCACUGAGGGUCCUUCAUGUUUUACGUAGAAACAAUCAUUGGGAUUGGCAGCCAGGUCAUGUCUUCGAUUUGGUUCAUUUAACUUACCUUGCUUCCAACAUUCCCAAUAGUAUUGUUCCUUCAGCCAUAUCGAAGCUUCAGAAUCUUCAGACUUUAAUUAUUUAUAGAUCUGAGGUUCGUUUGCCCAUGGAGAUUUGGAGGUUGCGACAAUUAAGACAUCUUAUUGCCUUCUCAUUUCAACCCUUACCCUACCCUGAAGGAGAAAACAAUCCCCUUGAUAAUUUGCAGGAACUUUCACUGGCAACGGACUUGGUGUGCAGUAAAAGAAUGGUGGAAAUGAUUCCUCACAUUAAAAAGUUGGGAAUAUGUUACUCCAAGGAGAAGUUUGAUUUGGAUGCGCGCUAUUGCCUCAACAAUCUUAAAUAUCUGUGUUGGCUUGAGAAAUUGAAAUUGGAGAUGCAUGGAGAUUUUUCAUGUAUAGAACCGGAAUCGGAUAUGCGUGCAGAUGGAGGUUUUUCAUUUAGAGGUCUAAACUUUCCUUUACAGUUGAGAAGGUUAACCUUGAGUGGUUGGAUGCUUUCUUGGAGUGAUGUGACCAUCAUUGGUUCAUUACCUAAUCUUCAAGUGCUUAAACUAAGAAACUAUGCUUGCAAAGGCCAACAUUGGGAAACAAUUGAGGGAGAAUUUCGUGAACUGAGAUAUCUUCUAAUCGACGGAUCAUAUUUGGUUGAAUGGACAACUGAAAGUAGCCACUUUCCAAAACUCGAGUGCCUAAUGCUUCGUGAGUGCCGUGGUCUACAUGAGAUUCCAAGUAAUAUUGGAGACAUUCCAACACUUAAACUCAUUGAGGUUAGAGAUAAGUUGCAUCAGCAAAAAAUGUACAACUACAACCCCUUGAUGUUGAAGUUCCUUCCAGUGAUCAGCAAAAAUCAUGUUUGUCAGGUCACUAUAGAAUCCACUGCAUUAAACCUUGAUGCUCAUGACCAAGCGGCAGCUCCUGAAACUUUGAUGACCUAUAUUGUAAUACCAUUUGCUUGGCCUUUUGUCUCCUCUUUUUAUCCAACUUCUGUUUCUGUUUCAGGUCCUGAAAACAAGAGAUUAGAGACUACAUCCAUGUGGAAGGGCAGAUUCCGUUUGGCGAUAUCACCAUAA